GCAGGCGCAGGCGCGGCGCAGGCGCGGGCACGCUCUCCCGGCAGCCCGCGCUCCGUGACCCCGCGCCGCCGAGCGCCCAGAGGACUCAGCGGAGGGUGGGCGCCGCCGAGGCCUCCUGCCGCCGGCGGGUUUCCGCGGAGUGCCGCCCGGCUCCGCGCUGCCGCCGCCGCGGCUCAUGGGCAGAGUCGGCCGGGCGGGCCGGCAUUAAACUGAAGAAAAGAUGUCCCUGUACGAUGACCUAGGAGUGGAGACCAGUGACUCAAAAACAGAAGGCUGGUCCAAAAACUUCAAACUUCUGCAGUCUCAGCUUCAGGUGAAGAAGGCAGCUCUCACUCAGGCAAAGAGCCAAAGGACGAAACAAAGUACAGUCCUCGCCCCAGUCAUUGACCUGAAGCGAGGUGGCUCCUCAGAUGACCGGCAAAUUGUGGACACUCCACCGCAUGUAGCAGCUGGGCUGAAGGAUCCUGUUCCCAGUGGGUUUUCUGCAGGGGAAGUUCUGAUUCCCUUAGCUGACGAAUAUGACCCUAUGUUUCCUAAUGAUUAUGAGAAAGUAGUGAAGCGCCAAAGAGAGGAACGACAGAGACAGCGGGAGCUGGAAAGACAAAAGGAAAUAGAAGAAAGGGAAAAAAGGCGUAAAGACAGACAUGAAGCAAGUGGGUUUGCAAGGAGACCAGAUCCAGAUUCUGAUGAAGAUGAAGAUUAUGAGCGAGAGAGGAGGAAAAGAAGUAUGGGCGGAGCUGCCAUUGCCCCACCCACUUCUCUGGUAGAGAAAGACAAAGAGUUACCCCGAGAUUUUCCUUAUGAAGAGGACUCAAGACCUCGAUCACAGUCUUCCAAAGCAGCCAUUCCUCCCCCAGUGUACGAGGAACAAGACAGACCGAGAUCUCCAACCGGACCUAGCAACUCGUUCCUUGCUAACAUGGGGGGCACGGUGGCGCACAAGAUCAUGCAGAAGUACGGCUUCCGGGAGGGCCAGGGUUUGGGGAAGCACGAGCAGGGCCUGAGCACUGCCUUGUCAGUGGAGAAGACCAGCAAGCGUGGCGGCAAGAUCAUCGUGGGCGACGCCACAGAGAAAGAUGCAUCCAAGAAGUCAGAUUCCAAUCCGCUGACUGAAAUACUGAAGUGUCCUACUAAAGUGGUCCUACUAAGGAACAUGGUUGGUGCGGGAGAGGUGGAUGAAGACUUGGAAGUUGAAACCAAGGAAGAAUGUGAAAAAUAUGGCAAAGUUGGAAAAUGUGUGAUAUUUGAAAUUCCUGGUGCCCCUGAUGAUGAAGCAGUACGGAUAUUUUUAGAAUUUGAGAGAGUUGAAUCAGCAAUUAAAGCGGUUGUUGACUUGAAUGGGAGGUAUUUUGGUGGACGGGUGGUAAAAGCAUGUUUCUACAAUUUGGACAAAUUCAGGGUCUUGGAUUUGGCAGAACAAGUUUGAUUUUAAGAACUAGAGCACGAGUCAUCUCCGGUGAUCCUUAAAUGAACUGCAGGCUGAGAAAAGAAGGAAAAAGGUCACAGCCUCCAUGGCUGUUGCAUACCAAGACUCUUGGAAGGACUUCUAAGAUACAUGUUGAUUGAUCCCUUUUUUAUUUUGUGGUUUUUUAAUAUAGUAUAAAAAUCCUUUUAAAAAAACAACAAUCUGUGUGCCUCUCUGGUUGUUUCUCUUUUUUAUUAUUACUCCUGAGUUGAUGACAUUUUUUGUUAGAUUUCAUGGUAAUUCUCAAGUGCUUCAAUGAUGCAGCAUUUCUUGCACUAAAAAAAAAAAAAAAAAAAAAAAAACUAGAAAGUUUUGGGACAUAGGGUUAUAUUAAAUUAUUCUUUGUUUUUGUUUUUCUUUUAAUAAAGCCUGCAAGUUACUAAAUUGUAGUUUCAUAAAUUCUGUAGUAAAGUAUCAUCUUGGCAGUGUGCCAAAGGUGAAAAUGAUGCUUUCUCUAACAGAGAAAUUCUUAGUGACUCCACUGGUAGAAAAACGUCUUUACAACCUGAAUAAGAUUGAAGAAUUGUGAACAUACCAUGGCCUGUUGGAUGAAUCAUUUGCCGUUAAGCUAAGUCAGACUGUAGGGUUUGCGAUGGAUUUAUGGAGUAUGUGGGUAUAGAAAUCAUGAAUCUAGCAUUUGUUUUCAGAGAUUCAAGUAUAGUCUUUAGGGUAGAUCAGAAAUGACCAAUGAAUUCAAAACCUAGCAGGUGCAUUGUAAAUGUGUGCCCAGUUAUGUUUUGGAAAUGGCAGUUCCUUGGGGUCAUGUUUCUACUGGCAAAAUUUGCAAUAGUGUUCUAUUGUAUGUAAUUUUAAAAUUUAUAAGAUUAUCCACAUUGGCCAAGUAAACUGUACUGCCAAUUAAUAGAAUUCUGGAAUUGUGAGAAAUUGUAUCAUUGAAGUUCAGUAGGAUGUGUGGCUUAAAAAUUUAUCAGGACCACAAAAAAGAAAACAAAACUAUUUGAUACUGAGGUUCAUUGCCAGGGCAGGAGGUAUUUCCAGAAAAUACUCAUGCCUGUGUUCUGUUCCUUGCUUUCCCAAAUACUGCAUGUGACUUUCCUAAGUGGCAGCUGAAAGACUCGAGCCCGUGUUGUCUCCUUUGGUUAUUAUGACAUGAAAGUGUAUCAAGAACUCAGCAUUUCUUUGCAUCCAUGGACUUGGUUUGGAGACAUAAGGAAUAUUCUGACCCUUUUUAAAAAAGGAUUUUCUCAUGUUUUUAUUUAACAUAAAUAAAAGAAUAACAUUUUAU